AUCAAACAGUUUGAUUUGCAUUCCAUUCCUAAUAUAUAGAACUCUCCUCAAGAUUAUGAUGAGGAUGGGGAGGGAGUUAAAAACCUUUCGUGCCAUCAUAGGACUAGUGGUUACCUUUAUCUUGAUGAUGAUGAUUGUGCCAAAAAAAGCGAGUGCUAAUCAGAGUGAUACAGUACCCAAUGAUGUUUCAGUGGCUGAGAUCGUCACACAAGAAUUCUUCGAUGGAAUAAUUGAUCAAGCAGAUGCUACUAGUUGUGAAGGGAAGAACUUCUACACUCGAGAUGCUUUCCUCAGUGCUCUCGAUUCCUACAACAACUUUGGUAUUGGUCCUGUGGAUGACUCUAAGCGUGAGAUUGCAGCUGCUUUUGCACACUUCACCCAUGAAACUGGACAUUUUUGCUACAUAGAAGAGAUUGAGGGUGCAUCAAAGAACUAUUGCGACGAAACCAACACCGAAUACCCAUGUGCCCCUGAAAAAGGGUACUAUGGGCGUGGACCUAUCCAACUAUCAUGGAACUACAACUAUGGACCAGCAGGGGAGAGAAACGAUUUCGAUGGAUUGAACGAUCCAGAGACAGUGGCCGAGGACCCUGUUGUGUCUUUCAAGACAGCAUUGUGGUAUUGGAUGCAAAAUGUGAGCCCUGUUAAAAACCAAGGAUUUGGCGCAACCAUAAGAGCUAUCAAUGGCGAACUUGAAUGUCAUGGUGCCAACCCCGACACGGUUCAGGCUCGCGUUGAUUACUAUACCGAAUAUUGUUCACAACUCGGUGUUGAUGCUGGUGAUAACCUUGAUUGCUAAGUUAUUAUAUAGCUACUCGGAGACGUAUCUAUAUAUAUAUGUAGAAUAAUAUUGGAUAUGAUGUUAUGUGAUAAAAACACAUCAUACAUGGUAUUCAAUCCCGCAAAUCAAUGAUAGAAGUGUAUUAGUAGUGAGGAACCGUUAGAUACGUAUAAA